GCUGAAACAUAAGUAGACAGGUUUGGGUCAAGAGUGGGUUAAUGUCCCCUGGGUUCAUUGUCCCGCCUACUGCAUUGCAUUCCUUUUAAUACACAUGUACGGUCUCUUGUUCAAACGAGCACACACCAUUCUCUUUUACACUCUGAUUACCUUCUUUGACAAAGGUGUGGAUAAAAAGAUUGGAAAGCUUUUGAGUUAUACAUGUGGAAAAAAAUACGCAUUGCUGGCGGACCUGGAGUCAUCCACUGCUAAUAUCUCAAAGUGUCCAGUGUUUCUCCCAGACGAAACGCCCUACUCUUUUCCCAGUAGCGGGAGCCUGCACCAGGAUGACCCUCCUCCUGUGCCCCCUCCUCCAUCUUCAGAUGCUUUGAAUGGGACUCUCCAAAAACAGGACUCUCACCACUCCUCACAACAGUCUCUUGGCUUAGCACAAAAAAGUACAUUGUCUCAAGACGGCAAUAGUCCCCCAUUACCUCAUACAGAAGAGGACCACGUCUACAGUUUCCCCAACAAACAAAAGACACCAUCAGACUCUUCUGCAGCAGCCAUGAGCUCUGCACUGGGCAGCAACUUGUCUGAGCUGGACCGCCUGCUACUGGAACUCAAUGCUGUUCAGCAGAACACACCAUCCUACACCAGCACAGAAGAUGCAGCUCCCCCACUUCCUCCCUCCAGUUCUGCACAUUAUAUCCAGGAAAAUGGAGCACACUCAGGUAUUACCCCUGCUGUGACAGACAAAGCUCUUGGUAAUGGAAACAGAGGGCCAGAAGAAGGACGUCCCUCUGUGGAGAGCCUACUGAAUGAACUGGAAUGCUCUAUACCUGCCCCAAUGCCUGCAUCUGGACUUCAUACAGAGGGGCACUUGGAUGUACCCUCUGAGCAACAGGGUCGAUUGUCAGCCACGUCUGCGACUCGAGAGCUGGAUGAACUCAUGGCCUGCUUAUCUGAUUUCAAGGUGCAAAGCAAUAUCAUGGCUCAGGGAAAGGGUCCAAAUACACAGGUCAAUAAACUAGACAACAUGCUGGGUAGCCUGCAGUCUGACUUGCAUAAACUGGGUGUAAAGACUGUGGCCAAAGGAGUGUGUGGAGCUUGCUGUAAACCUAUUGUUGGCCAGGUAGUAACCGCCAUGGGCCGCACAUGGCACCCGGAGCAUUUUGUGUGCUCUCACUGCCAGGAGGAGAUUGGUUCUAGAAACUUCUUUGAGCGUGAUGGACAGCCAUAUUGUGAGAGGGACUACCAUCAUCUCUUCUCUCCUCGCUGCUACUACUGCAAUGGUCCCAUUUUGGAUAAAGUAGUGACUGCUCUGGAUAGGACAUGGCAUCCAGAACACUUCUUCUGCGCUCAGUGUGGGGCCUUCUUUGGACCUGAGGGUUUCCAUGAGAAAGAUGGCAAAGCAUACUGCCGUAAAGAUUACUUUGACCUGUUUGCUCCCAAGUGUGGUGGCUGUGCCCGUGCCAUCCUGGAAAAUUAUAUAUCUGCCCUGAACAGCCUCUGGCACCCUGAGUGCUUUGUUUGUAGGGAGUGUUUUACCCCUUUUGUGAAUGGCAGUUUCUUUGAGCAUGAUGGGCAGCCAUACUGUGAGGUUCACUACCAUGAACGACGUGGCUCUCUUUGUUCUGGCUGCCAGAAGCCCAUAACUGGCCGGUGCAUCACAGCCAUGGGAAAGAAGUUCCACCCGGAGCACUUUGUCUGUGCCUUCUGCCUCAAGCAGCUCAACAAAGGCACCUUCAAGGAGCAGAAUGAUAAGCCAUACUGCCAUGGUUGUUUCAUCAAACUCUUCAGUUAGGCGCUGUCUGAGUAUGUUGUAUAUGCAGCAAAAGAGAGUAUCAAGCUUUUAAUUGGGGGGGCGGGCGUUAUUGUGCGCACAUAUCUGCUCACUGGUUGAGUGUGAACGAAUUUGUUUUAGGAAUGUGGCUUUGCAUCAAGUUUGAAUCAGUUGACCUGUGAAAUUCUUUUCACUAUGAAACAAUGCUUUGUGGUGCCACAGUGGCAAAAUGUGCUCACUGUAAUAUUUGGAUGUAUGGUCAACAGUUAGUCCAACGUAUUUAGCAUUUGCAAGAAACAAUUUAUAUUACUGAGCUCAGUGCCUUGUUUUCUAUCAGAAAUUGAGUACAUAAAUUGUACCAAAAAUAAUAUUGUAGCACCUAAUAUGUACAUUUCUUUGGAGACUGAUGUUCUUGGUGAGCCAACAAUUACCAGCCUAUAACAAGCCAGCCAUGAUCACCUACAUAUAUUAAAUAAGAGUUUUGCGUUGAUGAAUGUUGUGGAUUUCAUAGUCACUCAACUCCUGUAGAAAUAGAAUUAUCCUACUCUUUUUCAAGAUAAGCCAGGGUUUUUCUUCAGGGGAGCAAAUGGAGCUAUUUCUCCUUACAGUCAUAUUCUUGACAUCAUUAAAUACAUCUCAAAAAUACUUUGCUGUAUUUUGGAAACUUGUCCUAAUUUUUUCUUACUUUUUCCAUUUAAAUAAUCUCUUAAACCAUUUCGUCAAGCAAAUCACAGGUUGUUAAGUAAAAUAGCUGUGACAAUGUAGUGCAAAUUCUAUCCCUUUUAACACAGUAUAUGAUUGGCUUAAGGAUAAGAAUGUCACUCUUUCUUUCUCAGAGACAACUCUGGGCAACGUUAACUGCUGUAUUGUGUUAUGACCUUAUCUUCCUUUUUUUUGUGUGUGUGUGAAAGUCUUAAGUGUCACUGAGACAUUUAAAAGAAUGGGCUACAAGGGAUGAAAUGUGAAACAUUAGACAUGUAAUAACAGUUUUAUGAUUCCUCCCAAAAUAAAAGUGGGUAUUAUAUUUUUCAGAAGUAUAAAAGUAAUUGCUUGCCAUAAAAAGUUUAUUUUAAAGGUCAGAAUGCAUGUAUGAAAUUACCAGCAGCUAAAAAUAUUUUAUCUGUAUACAUUAUCCUCUGUUAAUACAUAUUUUCAUCACUGGUCUGAGGAUGCACUUCAAAAAUGGCCUUUUUCUUACAUAAUAUAUAUAAAAAAUCAUUUUAGUUGAUAUGCUGUGAUAAUUCAGAGAUCUUUCCUGUCUCAUUCUUCUUGUACUUCUGAGAGCUAGGUGCUAAUAUUGAUAGUUCAUAUGCCUCGGAUCCUAUUUAUGACACUGGUUUUAAUUGUUUUCCCUUUUUGUUUUAGCAUGUAAUUUUUCUGUCACAAAGUGGGCUUAAUAGUUCCCUCUUUGUUUAUAAUGUUACAGUUUAUUUUAGUGGGCCUUCAUAUACUGUCUCUCAGUUACCAAAUGUGAAACUGCAGGUAUAUAUUAUAUUCAAUAACUGCCAUUUUUUUCUGAGUAAUAUCUGGCAGAAUACAUAGUUACCAAUAAAGUGCUUUGAUGAUGUCAUGCAUUUUGGUUAAUCCUAGCCAUUUUUCACUUCAUGUUUCAGGAAUUGGGGGAAAGAAUAAGCAGAAUUAUUGGUGUGGGCCUUUUGGGUGGGCAGCUAGGUGGGUGUACCUUUCUUUCUCUCUUUCUUUCUUUUUUUUCUUUCUCUCUUUCUUUCUUUUUUUUCUUUCUUUCUUUCUUACACCAUGAUACCUUACAACACAGUGACUACUUUUCACCCUUUAAAUAGGCAGACUGACUUAUGUUUGAAGACACCUGUGAUGCUAAUUACAGGACACACUUUAGUUUAACGUGUUCCUAUGGUCAAAUUGUUUUCAAACUAUUCUUGGGGUGCCAUCAUUUUUGUCCAAAUCAGUUUCAAUAUUUUGUUUUUAAAUGCUUCUAUUGAACCACAAUUCAAAAGCAAUAUCUGAUUUUCAUUAAAGUUUAAGGGUUCCAACAA